GCAGCACUGGUGGGUGGGCACAGGUGGGUGGCACUGGUGGGCACAGGUGGGUGGCACUGGUGGGCACAGGUGGGUGGCACUGGUGGGCACAGGUGGGUGGGCACAGGUGGGUGGCACUGCUGGGCACAUGUAGGUGGCACUGCAGAGUGGCACAGGUGGGUGCACUGCUGGGCACAGGUGGGGGCACUGCUGGGCACAGGUGGGGGCACUGCUGGGAACGGGUGGGUGGGCGGGGCUAGUUUGCGCACUGCUGGGCGGAACUUGCGGGUGUCACUGCUGGGCACCGAUCAUCAGGGCACU